CUCUUUGCAAGGUUUGGGUCUCAGACUUUGCUCCUAUUUUAUUCCUUCUGCCUCGUCAGGGGUUUUCCCCUCUCUGAGCCUGUCAGCAGGAUGCAGAGUAAGGAGGCAAAGGAAGCGGGGCCAGCAGACAAAACACCCAUCCUGUGGAACUGAGCCUUGAUGUGCAAGGAAAGUACUACGUCACCAGCAUCGAGUGAGAAAACCCAGCUGAUUCUGUUGGCAGUCCUGAGAUCGACGGGGCGCCGAGAGGGAUGUGUACGGGGAAGUGCUCCAAGUGCAUCGGGGUGACCCUGAUCCCCCUUGCCGUUGUCUGUAUCACAGCUAACGUGCUCCUUUUCUUCCCCAGCUUUGAGGUGAAAUAUGUAGAGAGCACCAACAUGCUGACACCAGAGAUCCUGUACCUUGGAGGCAUUAUCGGUGGAGGAAUAUUGGUUCUCAUUCCCGGGAUACAUAUCCACGCAACAGGCAGUGGGGGCUGCUGCGCCAACAGAUGUGGGAUGUUCCUGUCCAUAUUCUUCGCUGGGGUGGGAGCAGCCGGCUCGGUCUACUGUCUAGUCACAUCCGCCUUAGGCCUGAUCAAUGGGCCAACCUGUCAAGACAGCAUGGGCAACUGGACCAGACCUUUCUCUGUUAGCUCGGAAUUUGAAGAGCUCAGAGAGGACAACUACCUGUUUGAACCCAACAUGUGGAACAUGUGUGUGGAGCCCAAGGAUGUGGUCCUGUUCAACAUCAUUCUCUUUGGCCUGAUGAUCGGUUUCAGCAUGUUGGAGCUCAUCCUGUGUCUGAUCCAGGCCAUCAACGGCCUCUUCGGCUGCCUCUGUGGCACGUGCAUUAAUCGUAGGGCAAGACCCGUGUGACAGGAUGGCGUUCGAGGGGAACUGUGAGCUCGGAAAACAGCCACAACAACAUCCAGAUACCAGAUUAAAUGAAUAUAACUACCCCAUUACAUUUGGGAGGUAGUCACUAAAGAAGUUCUUUUCUACAACGUUAUUUUGUAAUGUAUCUUCUAGAAAACUCAAUACCCUGCUGGUAGUUUGCACAAAUUGUUUAAAUGCUUAAUUCAACUCUCACUUGUCAAUAAAGGAAUGAUGCUGAUCUUA